AUGGCAACAAGAUUGUCAUCGUCGUAUCACGACGACUCCGAAAUCAAUACCAACUUCGACGUCGAUGACAGGGAGCAAGCCGGUCUACUCGCCCAAGACGUUGAAAAAGGCCAAGAAGCCAUCACCCCUCCUUCACAGCAUCACGAAGACACGGUCUCGACAAACAAGAAACUCGUGUACCUUUUUGGAUACUUCCUCUGCAAUAUCGGCCUCACUCUCUACAACAAAGCCAUCCUCGGAUCGUUCAAGUUCCCAUGGCUACUCACAGCCCUCCACGCCGGGUGCUCCUCCAUAGGAUGCAGCGUCAUGCUCCAGCUCGGCUACUUCCAUGCGACUAAGCUUACGCGACGCGAGAACCUGGCCCUCUUCGCCUUCUCCUUACUCUUCACCAUCAACAUCGCAAUCUCCAAUGUCUCUCUCGCCAUGGUGUCGGUACCUUUUCACCAGGUGGUUCGCGCCACGACGCCCCUCUUCACGACCUUGCUCUUCCGCAUAAUGUUUAAUCGCACCUUCAAUACCGCAACCUACCUAUCUCUCCUCCCGAUUGUUCUCGGAGUCACUCUUGCUGUCUAUGGCGACGACUUCCGCUACACCGAUAUGGGCUUCAUCCUGACCUUCCUGGGCGUCAUUCUUGCCGCCUUCAAGACCAUAGUGACGAAUCGAAUGAUGACCGGCUCGCUAGCGCUGUCCUUUUGGGAAAUCCUGCUCCGUAUGUCACCUCUGGCAUUCGUCCAAUCUAUCAUGUAUGCAUACUUCACGGGAGAGUUAAACGCCUUCAACAUUUUCCUACGCACCGAACUUUUCGCCGAACACUCUCCAGUCCAUACCACACCGUUAGGCUUUAUGUGCGUCAUGUUGGGCAAUGGCUUCCUCGCCUUUGCGCUCAAUGUCAGCAGCUUCUCCACGAACAAGGUCGCUGGUGCGUUGACCAUGACUGUUUGCGCGAAUAUCAAGCAGUGUCUGACAAUUGUCCUGGGUAUCUUGCUGUUCAACGUGCGGCUCAAUGUGAUGAACAUGCUGGGCAUCGUUGUCACUGUCGCUGGCGGCAUUCUGUACUCGUUCGUCGAACUGGACAGCAAAAAGAAGAAAGCGCUGCAACAGCCCAAGCGGUGA